UCGGCAACGUUUUCCAUUUCACAUGACCAUCCUGUUUCACUCGAUCCGCUCGGAGAAAGUAAUGCGAUUAAAAUUUCUCAAAAUUACAUUGAACCAGACUCCAGGAAGUUGCGAAUAGUGUUCGUACCUCAAGUUUAGGUUAACUGCAUAUAUAUCGGUAAUGGACCCUACCUCAAUUUGCUGUUAAUCUAGAACCAGGAACAAGUAGGAAUCUUGUGAGCUAGCUUCCAGGGCUUGCUCUGUCAGGGAUACUCGGUGAUCCACCAUGCAUGAUGCCUAUGAAGCACGCCCUAUCCUGGAGAAGCUCCCUCUACCUAUAGAGUCAAUAGCUUGCCAUGGAGAUCAAUUGCUUGUAGGAACCAAACCAGGACAUCUCCUAGUCUACAGUAUCACUGGAGGGCAAUUGGGUACAUUUAAAGUUGAUCUUCUGAAGUCUUUCAAGUCGUUCUCCAAGAAGCCGAUUCAGCAACUAGAAUGCAUUCCAGAGAUGCAGAUUGUCAUUAGUCUUUCAGAUGCCGUCAUCAAUGUGCAUGAACUGAAUCAUUUCACACCGAUCACAAGCAUUGCCAAAACCAAGGGAGCUACCCUCUUCUCCACUGAUAUGCAGCAGAAGGGGACUAGUGGAGGAGGUGUCCAUUUUACUCUCAAGCUGUGUGUAGCUGUCAAGAGGAAACUUCAACUCUUCAUCUGGAAAAACAGAACAUUUGAAGAACUCAAGCCUGAUCUAGGAGUACCAGAUGUUCCUAAAGCAAUGUCAUGGUGUGAGAAUUCACUUUGUGUCGGCUUCAAAAGAGAUUACUUCCUCAUCAAUAUUGACAAUGGCCAGCCCAAGGAUCUGUUCACAACAGGCAAUGCUUCUCAAGCAGAACCCACCGUCACCAAACUCUCAGAAGACAUGCGAGCCCUGGGCAGGGACAACAUGAGUAUCAUCAUCGAUUCAGACGGUCAACCAGCCAAAAAAUAUGCUCUUACGUGGUCAGACAUUCCAUUAGUAUUAGAACACGACCAGCCAUACAUCAUCGCUGUGCUUCCAAAGUAUGUAGAAGUGAGGACGGUUGAUCCUAGGUUACUUGUACAGAGUAUAGAGGUAGACAAACCCAAGUACAUCACCCAAGGAAGUGGUCAUGUGUAUGUAGCAUCUAAUAACUACAUAUGGAGGUUAGAACCUGUUCCACUCCCAAGACAAAUACAGCAACUAGUAGAUGAAAAGCAGUUUGAAUUAGCCCUCCAUCUUGCAUAUAUGACAGAUGAGGUGGAAGCAGACAGACAGAGAAGGAUCCAACACAUUCAGAACCUCUAUGCCUUUGAGCUUUUCCAGCAACAUCGCUUUGAAGAGUCUGCAAAAAUGUUUGCCAAACUUGGGACAGAUCCAGCGCAGGUGAUCGGUCUCUUCCCAGACCUCCUACCCAAGGAGUACAGACAGGUGCUCCAUUACCCCAGCACACCUACAGAGCUUGGUGGAGCAGAGCUGGAGAAGGGUCUGACUGCCUUGGUGGAGUACCUCACACAGAAGAGACAAGAUCUAGCCAAGGAGUCCUCUCAACAGACAGCAGCCAUGCCAUCCACCAUCUGUGAAGGAUCAAAGAUAGUCACUUCAAGGAGACAAAGAAGCCUUAUCAUAGACACAACUCUACUCAAAUGCUAUCUACAGACUAAUGAUGCCCUCGUUGCUCCGCUGCUCAGAUUGAAAGACAACAAUUGCCAUCUUGAUGAGAGUGAGAGGGUUUUGAAGAAAUACCAAAAGUACAGUGAACUAAUUAUCCUCUAUGAGAAGAAAGAUCUGCAUAAGAAAGCCUUGGACCUGCUACUACGUCAAUCACAAAAACCCAACAGCCCCCUCAAGGGCCACGAGAGAACAGUAUCCUACCUCCAGAGACUGGGUAAAGACCACUUCAAUCUCAUCUGUGAAUAUGCUCAGUGGGUGCUCAAGUCAUAUCCAGAAGAUGGGCUGAAGAUAUUUACAGAGGACAUCCCAGAAGUGGAGGGUUUACCGAGGGACCAAGUUCUGGACUACCUGACCUCGGUAGCUGGAGAGCUAGCUGUACCCUACCUUGAGCACAUCAUCCUCAACUGUUCAGAUGAGACUCCAGAGUUUCACAACAGGCUUGUCAAUCUGUAUAAAGACAAGAUACAGGUUCUAAUGGAAGACUAUCGAAAGACACUUCCAGAAGGUCAAUUAUUUGUCCGUGCCGGUACAGAGCCGGGAGAACUAGGUGCACUCAGAAAGAAGCUUCUCUUCUUUCUAGAGACUUCACAAUAUUACAGACCAGAGAAACUACUCACUAGGUUCCCAUUUGACAGUUUCUUUGAGGAGAGAGCCCUCUUGCUAGGCAGGUUAGGGAGACAUGAGCAGGCUCUAGCCGUCUAUGCACAUAUACUCAAGGAUACAAGACAAGCUGAAGAGUACUGUCGCAGAACUGCCAUGAUCAGUCGAGAAAGUGAAACAGAUGUAUACCUUAGUCUCUUCCAAACAUACAUCAGACCACCAGACCCAGAGUCCAUGCGGUUGAUGAUGCACAACACACCAGCUCCGGAACCCAACAUCAAGGCUGCCCUCAAUGUCCUGGAGAUUCAUCAUGACAAGAUUGAUACUGCCAGGGCUCUUGAGAUGUUGCCUGAUACUACCCAAGUCAAGAAUAUCUGUGGCUUCCUGGAGAAGGUGAUGGAAGGAAAGGCCAUGCAGAAACGAGACAGCCAAGUCCUCAAGAGUCUCUUCUACUCAGAGAACUUACAGGUAAGACCCUAGAUAGGAAUGAUAAGAAUGAUGCAGUCAACAGACCAGCUUACUAAUGCAUACAAAUCAUUAUUCAUUAAGAAAGUGGCAUUUUGCCUGACAUCAAAUUGAUCUGUGCUUUGGCUGGCAUUUAGCAACAGGUGUAUUGCUUGAUAUGACCCAAAACCUACCUGUGAUUUGCCUGACAUAGCAACAAGUAGUGUCAAAGAGAUGCUAUCAUACCUUUACAUAACAUGAAUGGAAGAUUUCCUACCAGGGGUUCUGGGAGGAAACAUUUUAGUAAACUGGUCUGUUGAGUCACUUCAUCGGUUCAUACUGGAACACAGGAUAGAGAAUAUGCAUCCUGUGUUCACUUCACACUCAUCAUUAUACCAUCAAAACUCCUCUAGCUAGCACCUGUAUAGCUGCACCCAAAAUAAAAUUGCUUUUUUUUUGUGUGGUAAUGGCAGGUCUGUGCUUUUAUUCUUAGAUGAAGCCUGGCAGUUCAUGAUUGUUGUGAAGUGGAUAGAAAGAAGUAUAUUGUGUCUAUCUAAAAAUGUAGUGUGAUGAUGGUGGAGGUGAUGAGGCGAUGAUGAAGGUGAUAAUAAUAAAGUUUGAAUGUAUGCAUACCGGUACAUUAUAUUUAUGAUAGAGAG